AGGCUGUCCGUUGGUGGGCGCUAAGUGGAGGAGGCCGUUGGUUGCGAAUGGGUAGGACGCCUGCCUCCUGCCUCCAUCACAUGGUCCCGCUUAACCGAGAAACCUCGAGCACAGAUGGAGCAGGACGGGAAACCGAGAGACGAGCCCCUUUGGUAGCGGCGGGAAGCAUCCUCUGAAAUAGAAACAGAAGCUGCAUCUUCUGCAGCAGAAACGGAAAAAACGGACGCAAGAAAAAGAGCAACAACAAAACCGAGAGUUUUGCAAUGUGUCGUGCUGCUUUCGCGUUUAAUAUCGCGGAAGAGUCGGGGAAGGUUGUGAGUGAGGGGGUGGAUCUUUGCAGAGAAUGAAAUCCAAGGCGCUUGUUGUCCCAAGUGAAUUCAUUUGAAGAGCUUGCAGAGACACAGAGAGACCGGGAUGCCGCGCAACCUCGCUCCUAUUCAUCCGCGAGGUUAAGUUUUCCUGAGCACCCUCCUUCUGUGUGAGUGGGUGUCCGAGUGUGUGUGUUAUGGCGUCUGUGAUGGACGUUUCCUACCGUAAGGUGCUGUUGCUAGGGGCCAUCGCUGCAGCGUCAGCCUUUGUGGUCACCAUCGUCAUCGUGGUGGUUUGUGUGGGCUGCCAAAGGAAAAACAAGACCAAGCAUCCUCCGGCCGAUGGAGAGAAGGGCUCCUCAGCAGACACGGGUGCUCUCCGUCAGCCCAAGAACACCUCCAUGAGUAAAUCUGACACUAGGCUGCAUGAGAUCAACCGCUUGCCCCGCAACGGCAACAGUGAGGGUAAGAACCGUCCUGCCAGUAUGGACCUUCUCCUCCUCCACAGCCAUCGCUCCACCUCUGACCUCCGCCCCCCACUUGUCCGCCAGCUCCCCCAGAUCCCCACCAGCCCCGAGGGGGAGGGAGACCCAGUGGGGGGAGACAUCCAGAAGGGAGGAGAAGAGGGGGUCAGAGACCACACCUACACUGAGGUGGGGAUCCGGAACUCGCCCGUCCGUUGCUUAAACGAUGGGCUGUACGAGAGUGUAGGGAUCAGAGAGGUGGACACGGUGCCCCCAGUUCCCCCACCCACAUCAGCCAACACCCCAGCAACACUCACGACCUCACAGAGCCCCAAUGGGACCUGCACUGACGAUGUCCGCAAUGGGAACAGAAACAGAAAUGGGAAUGGAAAUGCCAGAGGAGCUGUUAAUGGGAGUAGCAGAGGAGGAGGGAAGGGGCCCAACGGUGCUAACGGAUCGGCCCUGCCCUCCCUCACCUCCCUGGCCCCCCAGGACCCCGUAGCGGCAGAGUACGCCUCCAUACGGAAGGUCAAGAAGGUGGACAAGGCAACCAAGAAGGAGAAUGGGAACGCAGAGUCAGAUGACCAAUCAAGUGUCCAAUCAAGUGUGGGAGAGUCACCCUCUGCCCCGCCCCCUCCACCCCCCCGCAGCCAGGAGUUUCUACAGAAACAGCAGGAUCCAUUCCACCUGCACGUCUUCCCUAAGGAGGCAGUGUUCAUGGGAAACGGGGAGCAGUACAUCUGGAAGCCCCCAGAGGACAAUGACAUCAUCACCUUGCACCCAGCGCCUAUACCCCCGGGGGAGAACGGACAGGGACACACACCCACAGCCAUGGAGAUUUCUGACACCUACUCCACUGUGUGUAAAAGCCAGAAGAAGAAACCUCCCCCGGACAACAACGGAGCCAAGACCCUCCCCCACAACCAGUGCUCUGUGGAGGAGAAUGGAGGAGGUGGGGGAGGAGGAGCAGGAGGGAAUGGGACGUGGGUCGGUCCCGGGGGAGGGGUGAGGGGUCGUGGCCGGGGGGUCCAGGGUGGUCAGGCCCGAUCCCACGAGGAGCCCUGCUACGCGCCAGUUGGCGACAGGUCCUGGCCCGCCUGUGUGGUAGCCAAGUCUGACCCGGCGUACGCCACUAUAGACUCCCACCGGAAACGUGCGCAGGCAGGUACCAAUAUCGGUGUACUGGGGUCAAACGCCACACUGAAGCCCAAGAAGAAGCCUCCUCAGCAGGAAGCACCGUCUCCCGGGGCCCCGGGCCCCCAGGGACCUCCAGCAGGUCCCCCGGCCCCUCUAACCAAGGCCCUGCCUGGGGGGGAGAACUUCUAUGAGAGCAUCAGUGAUGUGAAAAAGGGUGCUAACACCGCCAGCACCACCACCAUCUUCACCUUCAACGACGGGAUGGAGAUGUACGUCACUGGUCUGUAGCUGAGAGACACUGGCUCACACACUGUGUGGUUCAGACCUGUUUGGGUUCUUCUGACCCUGUCUACACCUGGUAUGAGCUAUGAAAGGGACUGGUAACAAUGUAUAUAGCAAUGAGACCCACUGGUGAAACCAAGCAUCGGAAGUCACUUUCGUAAUACAAUGUCUCCAGUGAUAGGAUUAUGGCCACAUCCAGUGACAAAAUAAGAAGACAAUGUUUGGAGGCAUUCACCAGGUUUAGACAAGGUCUCUGACACCAGACCCAACCAGUGGUGGAAAUGGACUUUUUUGAUUCACUGACUGGGGGAUUCCAGAUAGGGGUUCCAGUGCCAGUCGUAGCUUUGAAAGGAACCCAGUUCCAGGGGUUCCCCCUCAUUUACACCACUGGACCAACAGAACCAGAACUACUGUACGUCUUUGAGAUGUAUCACAGAGCCAGUCUGGCUAACCCGAGCCUGAAUCAUUCGAGCCAGACUCCCAACAACAUGUCCAACGAGACCAGACUGAGCAUCACGUUUUGCACUGGAAAACAGUGUCACUAUUCACUUUACCUUACCUUACACACCCAUUUGUGUGACAUUUUACAUAUAUAUUUAUUUUUGUAUAAAGAUGGUACCCUUAAUAAAGCAUGCCCUGUACAGAACACACGACAUGAUAACACACAAUCACAGAUACACGUGCAAACACACACACACACACAUACUGUAGCGCAAACAUUGUUGUGGCAUGAAAACACACAUUCUCACAAAGAGGACAGAGGAAAGAAGUGUGGAGACACCAGCGUGGCUUCACUUAGAAGUCCCAACCCCCUGGUGACACUAUCGGUGGUCUCACUGGUGGCGUCACUCAAAAGACUACUGACUAACUACAUUAGGAGUAUUUUUCUACGGCAAUACAGUGGUAAUACAGGCCUAGUUCACACAUUUUUUAAAUCUUUUUUUGUUAAUUUACAUUUACAUUUAAGUCAUUUAGCAGACGCUCUUAUCCAGAGCGACUUACAAAUUGGUGCAUUCACCUUAUGACAUCCGUUAAUAAUUAUUAUUAAAUACAUUUCGAUUGAUCAGGUAGCACCCCUACUUCCCUCGGCUAUGUUUAUACCGUUCCUUUCUGUUCCUUUUUAAACCUCUGAAAUAUAUAUAUAUUUUUUAACAUUUAGCUCAACAUUAAAUGACUUCGCCAAUCAGUGCGGAUCGAGCAGAUUGCUAUGGAGCGGGCAAGCUAUUUACAUGCAUUGGACAGACGAGUGUAGUGCACAAUAUGCGACUGAAAUUUGGCCGGUGGGGAGUGAAGCGAGAGAGGGUGGAGAAGGAUUGGCUUGAUGCGCUGGGCAUCUUGUUGUUAUGAUAUGCAUUAUCGGAAUUAGGGCCACAGAAUUUGACCUACGGAGGAGUGGCUUCUAUGAAGGAACUUAGAAUGUUUUUGAACUUCAGAGAGUUGGCUUAACAUUGGACCAGAACUAGCUAGCUAGCUAGCUAACACGCUUCUGUGUGCAGAGUGGCACCAGAAUGAAAAGAAAAACAUGUCUGACCUUUUUGUCGUUAAUAAAUGUGAAAAGUGAUAAUUAUAGUAUCCUUAAAUGUCAUUGAAAAGGUUAAUCUAUUCUUCUCUAAUAAAAACAUCUCUCUCUAAUUUCUGAAUCACACUUGUAACAUCAGUACUAGACUACUAGACUAUACUUCGGAGGGGGAAGGACAGUUUGCCUACACAUGCACACUCACUGACAAAUAUUUUCAGCUGGCAGGAAUACGUUUCUGAGUGACAUAAUGAGGGCUUUGCGUAGGUGCUUUGUUGCGUUUUUUUGUGGGACUGGGGAAAAAUGCCCGGAACGUAAGAUAACAUUAUUAACCGGUUCCCAUGCUUUUAAAAUAACAGUUCUGUUCCGGAAUAGUAUAUAUUACUUUCAUUUGUGGUUCUGAUUCUGUUCCUCUAAAUGUUUUGUUAUUUCACAGGUUUUCUGUUCUGUUCUCCGAAUCGGUUCCAACCCCUGACGGUAAAAUGCUCUAACCUGGAGGAGGCGCUCUUAUCUCGAACCCAACACUCUCCUGUACAACCUUUACUUUUUGGGGUUCAAGGUAGAAAUUGCCCCGAGCCGCAGAUCUACAGCCCAUACAUACAGUACACUGAAGAUGUCUUGUAACUGUAAGUGGCUUUGGAUGAAAACGUUAUGGUAGUAAGGGAGUAUACUGUAUAGGUCUACAUAGAGCAUUCACUAUAGAUCUGAAACACAUCUAUCAGACUUACAUGCAGGGAUUUUGAGCAACUUUAUUUUCAUCUUGUAGAUAUUAGUCUUGUGGAGUUGUAUUGAGCUCAUCCGGGUUGAUAGGUCAGGGUAAAAUGGCCACCGUUGUUCUUGUUGUCAGUGGUGACAGAGUUCAAGCAAAGCAGUGGUCCACCUCAAGUUGCCUCACGCUGUUCAUUCCAUCCAGAACUACUGAGCUUUGACCACAGUGACUGACCACAGAGCAACAGCUGACAAACUUAUAGGGAUAGUUCAACCCCACACCCAAAUCUUCCCCUUUCACAUCUCAAAAGUGGUCUAAUGUUGAGUUGAAUUCAUAUACCACAAGGUCUGUGGUGUAGAGCCUUCAAGAGAAAUUCGCAGGACUUAUGGUACAGACAGACAGAGAAAUCGGACUGCCGAUAGGUACUUAGCACAGUAGAAGGCGGCAAGGGCAUACCAUUUACAACCUUAAUCGAUGUGCUUGCUCGUGCUCAAACAUUUUUGAUGGGCUUCAUAGUAAAGACACUGUGCACCCGUCAUUUGAAUGGAAAGGGACAUUUACAAACACCAUAAGUGUAAUGACAUUCGGCCUACAAGUGGUGUGUAUUCAUGGAUGCCAAGAGAAGCCAGGCUUCCCUCUGGAAUAUAAAAAUGAAUACAAUGAUUUCUCAUUAGUCUAUUCGUGUUUAAUAAUUUUCCUUCAAUUCUCAAGAGGCUGAAUCUAGUUGACCGGAGCGAGGGAAACAGCGCCUCUCUGGGCCAUCCCCUGGACACGCCACUAGGAGGCCAUUCCUUCUCUUUCUAGAACAAAAGAUGUCCCUGCUGUGUGCCGACCUGGUGCCGACAAACUUGCGGUUUCUAGUUGUAGAAUCUCAAUGCUCGUCAGUGGCCUUGAACUUAACUUUGACCCAAUCAGAGAGCACAAACGUCCACAUGGGGGAGCCGACAAAAGUGACAAGAAAUCGGGAAAGAAUAGGGACAUUUCCCGGUGUAAUCCUCCACCUUUUCAUCAGAAUUGUCCUAACUAAAAGAAUAAAGCUGCAAAAUGCAUAUUUUUUUCUUGAGCAAGUCUUGACAUCUUUUAUGUCUAGGAGUUUUAGUUAGGUUCAGUUUGAUAAUGUGCACCUGCUCAAUAGUUAGCUGCCUAGCUAACAUUAGGAGUUUCGUGCUUGAAGAAGGAAUUUUUGUUAGGUUCAGUUUGAUAAUGUGACCUGCUCAAUAGUUAGCUAGCUAGCUAAGUAGUUGUGGCUUGAAGAAGGAUUUUUUGUUAGGUUCAGUUUGAUAAUGUGCAUCUACUCAAUAGUUAGCUAGCUAGCUAAGUAGUUGUGGCUUGAAGAAUGAUUUUUUGUUAGGUUCAGUUUGAUAAUGUGCACCUGCUCAAUAGUUAGCUAGCUAGCUAACAUUAGCUUGCUAACUGAGCCAGGCACUCACACACACUUAAUUUGAAACGAAUGGGGUUGGUAAGUACAUAUGGUGACAACAUUUAAUAUACCCAAAUGAGGGACAACAGGAUAAUUUUUGGAGAACAUUUGCGGGACAGUGUAUAGCUUACAUGGAACUUUUUUGGGCAGGGCAGCACAAAACCCACCCCCCAAAAAUACCCUCAAACACCAAGUUAGGCAUACCAUAUUGAAAAAUAGACCAUCACUGUCAAUCGUGAAUGAUAAAUCUUCACGGUUUACCAGUGAAAUGUCCAAACUGCAUCUGUAUGCCAAUAAUUUCAUCUCAAUCAGUUUCAUGGGAAUAUGCAUUUUAAGAUCUUGAAUUACUGUUUCGUGACUAAAUUAGAGCUGAUGGUGUUAACAAACUAUAUAGCCUUCCUGUAUUUUGACUUUUAGACACAUACUAUUCAGCUGACCAUCCUAAAAUCGCAUAAGAAAUGAGAUGGUGUUUUUGGUGUAACAAUAACUUUAUGAUAUUAUAUUUGGGUCUGUUAUGUAGAACACAAAUGAUCAUUAUGUGAUCUUCCAAGACAUUGAUUGAGCUUUGAUCUAACUUUACUACAGAGCCGGCGCCAGAACGAAUCAGUUGGACGGGCAUUUGAUUUCCAUAGGGGGGGGCAUGUUUUUUCACAGCAACUAUGUGAUUUUUUAAACGGGUUUUAUAGUAAAGACAUGUAAUUUAACCAUUUAAUGUGGCAUGAACACAACUUGUCUUCAUCUGAUUGUCAAACAAAUCACUUCAAAAAGUAGGUUACCUUCACACGUUCGUCCAAAAUCAGUGGUGUAAAGUAAAAAUACUUUAAAGUACUACUUAAGUUAUUUUUUUUGUGAUCUGUUCUUUGUUUUACUAUUUAUACGUUUGCAUACUUUUACUUUCACUUCACUACAUUCCUAAAGAAAAUAAUGUACGUUUUACUCCAUACAUUUUCCUUGACACCCAAAAGUACUCGUUACAUUUUCAAUGCUUAGCAGGAUACGAAAGUGGUCCAAUUCACUCACUUAUCAAGAGAACAUCCCUGGUCAUCCCUACUGCCUCUGAUCUGGAGGACUCACUAAACACAAAUACUUUGUUUGUAAAUUAUGUCUGCAUGUUAUAGUGUGCCCCUAGCUAUCCGUAAAUAAAAUUAAGCAAUACAAAUGUG